AUCUUAGUGCAAAUUUACUCCUCGAUCAUCAAUAUAUCUUCUAAGAAAAUUAGAUCAUGUUUCGGAACUAUCAGCACUACAUCUUCCUCCUCUUCAGUAUCUGUUCCCUCUAUCCAAUCAACGGGCUUUAUAAUCAUCUCGAACUUCCACCAUACCGAUCAUACUUCAGUCAUAUAAUUCGUCAUGGCCCACCAAAAUCAUCUAUCGACCAUUUGACUUACACUUCACCAACCGAACCAACAUCCAUCGAUUUCAAUUCUAUCUAUCCGGAAACACAACAUCCAUCUAUUUCAAACUUUGCGCCCUCACAGCAUCCAACACUAAACGCUUUCGGUCGGUCAUACACAUACGGAAAAUUUGGUCCACCAGUGCUAAAUACUUUCGUACCGAAUAUUGGACAAUUGGCCUAUGUCGUUGAUGGACGCGUUCUGAAACAAUACCUUGUUGUGGAGGACCACGACGAUGACAAUUCGUUGGAUUCGUUCAUAAACAAUCCGUAUACUGGCCAUGGUUUUAAGCCGUACAUUCCAUCCAAUUUAAAUGUUGCUCAGACGAAUCGAGAGAAUCUUGGAUUUCCGCAGACCCAGACCCUAAUCAAUUCAAUACCGUUGCCGACGAACGCUAAUGCUUCUCCCAGCACAGGUGCGAUUGCCUUAGGAUCGGGUUCGUUGGGCUACAUUCGAUUGCCCAACGGAGCUAUUUAUCUGGGAUCUGGUUCUCUGGGCUACAUCAACGAUCAGCAGCGAGUAGAUGCGAUUCAGAGUGUACGAAAUCGACAGAGUCCAGCAGCUGGACCGCUUAGCUUUGGCCAUACACCUAGAUAACGAGUUUGUUUCCUUAUUAUCCUGUUCCUAUAUAUUUUUACGUUUCUGUUUAGAUUUAAACUUUAGACAUCCAUUGCAUUUCUAUCAGUAGUUUUAUUCUGACUAGUCUUUAAGUUUACACAAUAUUUUGUGCGCUGUAAAAAUAAAAACAAAUUGCUUUGCUUGUGCGUCGAAGUCUAAUUGGAUUUUUGGAUGAGAAUCAGGAAGUGAGACGUUAGUUUUACUAUUAGAAGCAGAGAGUUCAAUAAACUCCUUACUGCGAGUGAAUCAGCUAAGUUUUGAACAUUUUUGUACAUUAUCAAUCGAGAGAGAGAAAAGCCAAAUUUAUGUGAUGUUUACUUUAUAAUUUCGUUUUUUUGAAUUAUUAUGGAAUUAAAUUAAUUACGACAAGUACAUAAGACAGACAAACACAGAAUGUUACACAUUUGUAAAGAUCUCUGUGAAAAUAUUAAAAUUCAAUAUGAACUGGUUAUGAGCCGAGAGGGAGUGUGUUAAGUGUUGUAAUUAUGAAAACUUGUCUUUAGCCACAAUAAAAGCACUAAAAAUCACUAA